AUCUUCAAUCAAAUUCAUACUAAGAGAAGAAAUCGAUUGGCCACAGAUCGAAUGAACAAACUUGUUUAUGUUAUGUUUAACAAAAAACUGAAAGAUAGACAUCUCAAAUUACAGAAGCAAGGAAGCAUUGAUAAUGAAAUUGACUCUUUACUUGUUGAUGAUUUACAAUCUGAUGAUGAAUGGGUUACUCCUAAGAAUGUUGAUGUUUCUGAAGUUGAAGUAGAAGGAGAAACUCAAAUCAAUGAAGACAGUGAAGCAACUACUCAUGUAUAUAAAAGAAAGAAACAAAGUGAGAUUGGAGCUUCAAAAAAAUUCAAAGGGGAUAAAGGAAAAAAUAUUAUAGAUGAAGAAGAGUUUGAGGAUGACUUUGACAUUAAUUAUGAAGAUUCUUCUGAAGAAAAUCAAAGUGAUGAUGAGUCUGCAUUGGGUCUUGAUCCUAAAGGGAUGUUUUAUUUUUAAGUGAGUUUAUUUUAAAUCUUCUUUUCCAGUAAUAUACUAAUAUUAUCUUAGAACAAAUCAUCAAAUUCACAAUUGACGUAAUAUUUUGUUAUUUUUUGACAUUUUUGUC